UAAGAAAUUAAUUCCUGUUCACGUAAUCUGUAUUUCGAGUAAGUCGCUUGAAUCGGUUGCUUCUUCAGCGAAAAAGCAUGUCUACGACAAAGAAAAAUCUGCUACUGUUGUACGAUCAUCCCAAAGAAUCAAUACUCUCCACUAGAGGUCCUGAGAAUGUUCAGUUUGAUGUUCCAAAUUCUUAUUUGAAUGAUGAAUACAAGAAUAUUAGUGUACAAAUAGCAAAUAAAUUUGGGGAAGAUGCUUCAGAAAAAGUAACAGUAAAUGAAAUUUCUAUUCCGCCAUUUGGAGAAAUUCUUUCCUUUCCAAGAGAUGAGAACUUCUCUCUCUUCAUUCCCAGGCAUAGACGCUUGGCUGGAAAACUAAUUGAUAUUUUUCUAGGAAUGAGGGACGUCGACGAACUUCUUUCCGUUGCAGUUUUUGCUCGAGAACAUGUGAACCCACUUCUAUUCAACUACGCAUUUUCCGUUGCUCUGCUGCAUAGACCAGACACGCAAGAUCUAGACGUUCCAUCGGUAAUCCAGUCUUUUCCAGACAAAUACGUUGACAGCAAGGUGUUUGGACGAGCAAGAGAGAUAGCUACUACCAUCCCGGAAACGUCUAGAGUUCCCAUUGAAGUGCCAAAGGAUUACACAGCUUCAGAUCUAGAGAUUGAGCAUCGAUUGGCUUACUUCAGGGAAGAUAUCGGCGUCAAUCUCCAUCAUUGGCAUUGGCAUCUAGUCUAUCCAAUCGAAGGACCUCUUCAAAUUGUCGACAAAAAUCGAAGGGGAGAGUUGUUUUAUUAUAUGCACCAACAGAUCAUUGCAAGAUAUAACUUUGAACGUUUCUGCAACCAAAUGAAGCGCGUGGAAAGAUUCCUCGAUUUCGAUGAACCGAUCAAGGAAGCCUACUUUCCCAAACUUGAUAGCUUGGUAGCUAGUCGCAAUUGGCCUGCUAGAGUUGCCAACCAACGUCUCCAGAAUUUAAGAAGGGAAGUUGAUCAAAUAUAUCUUGAUAUAGACGAAAUGAAAAGGUGGAGAGACAGAAUAUUUGACGCUAUUCAUUCCGGUGUUGUAAAAGGGGAGAACAGAAAUGACAUAAUCCUAACUGAGAAUGAAGGAAUUGACAUCUUGGGAAACCUGCUAGAAUCAACGAUUUUGUCAGUGAAUAGAGCUUACUAUGGCGAUUUGCACAAUAUGGGGCAUACAAUCGUUUCUUACAUUCAUGAUCCAGAUGCCAGACAUUUGGAAUCAUUUGGUGUUAUUGGAGAUUCCACCACUUCUAUGAGAGAUCCUUGGUUCUAUUGCUGGCAUGCGUAUAUGGAUGACAUCUUUCAGAAUUUCAAAUCUACUCUACCCAGAUAUACGGUGGAACAGCUGGACUAUCCUGGAAUCACUGUUGAAAGCGUGCAAGUUGAAAGUGAAGGUAGCCCAGAUAAUGUUUUUGAAACAUUCUGGCAACAGUCAGACGUCGAUUUGUCCAGAGGAAUGGAUUUCCAACCUAGAGGGGCAAUUCUUGUUAGAUUUACUCAUCUUCAACACACAAACUUCUCAUAUAAAAUUACUGUUAACAAUCAAACUACUGGAAACCGAGAGGGAACUUGUAGAAUAUUCCUUGCACCCAAGUAUGAUGAGAGGGGAAAUCCAUGGUUAUUCCGAGACCAGAAGACGAUGUUCAUUGAACUGGACAAAUUCAAAGUAACAUGUGAGUAUGGUAUUGAUUCAAAAUAAAAACGACAACCAUUA